AUGUCUUCUGUUGAAGAACCAGCAGUUCUACUGCAGAAGAGCGAUGAAUCGGAGGAGCAGACCAAAGAAAUUUUCGAAUUAAUCAGGCAAAAGAAAACGAAUGAUGUUAUUCGUAUGCUUAAAAACAAGCAAAUUCCGUUUGAUUGUACCGAUAAGAAUGGCAUGACCCUAUUGGAUCAGGCAUGCUGGGCUGGUGAUGAGAAACUGGCGAAGUUUCUGUUAUCAAAUGGAGCCGAUCCGAACAGUAAUAAGCACGAAUCAGGCUAUAGAUCAUUGAUGUUUGCGGCAAUUUCUGGCCAUCAAGAGAUUUGUCGAUUGCUACUUGAUCACGGUGCAUAUGCUCAUUCAACAAAUUCCAUUGGCAAAACAGCGGCAGAAAUGGCGGCUUUUGUCGGACAACAUGAAUGUGUCAGUAUAAUCAACAAUUACAUAACACUGGACGAAAUUGAAAGAUUGCUCCAUCCAAAAGGCGAAAAUAGUGAUGAAAUUUAUCCGAAAAAAUUUUCGUUGGCGCUACACGGCUUAAUAAAGACGCAUGUUUUUCAUCCAAUUUGGAUUAUUCUUUUCCUGCGCGACCAUUAUGAGACAAUUUGGCCGCAUCGUAAGAAAUUCGUAUAUGUUUUGGAUCGUGUUUUUGAACGGCAAUUACGGUGCAAGCAAUCGAAUGAGGCAAUGUCACUAAAGCUAUGGCUUAUUUUGUACACUGUCCGAGAGACAUGCAAAUUAGUUGAAACUGCAUUGUUGGAAAAUGAGCUACGAGAUGGGCAAAUAUUAAUCAAAAAUUAUGCUAAACAAUUGCUCAGAAUGGAACGGUCGGAUCGAGUGCGGCCGGGCCUAGAACAUUUCCUUCGUAAUGCUGUUCAAGCAUUCCCAUACCAUCAUUGUAUGCUUUUCCAAGCACUUGUACGAAAUCUCGCCCAAAUCGAAUUUGGCAAUCCACCGGCAGCAUUUUAUGUAAUAAUGCAAGCACUUUCUGGACCACGAUUUGUUGAAACAUCGCAUUUUUGCGCAACAUGUGGUACUGUUAAUCAAACAAAGCAUUGCUGUCAGAAAAUAUAUUAUUGCCAUUCAAAUUGCCAAAAAAUGGACUGGAGCAAUCAUAAAAUGUUUUGUGAAAAAAUUACGAAAAGCGCAAUGAUGUGCCGGAGUAACAGCAGCAGUACCGUCGUACCGAAUGAAUUGGAGAGCGCACUUCAUCGAAACAACAGUAACCAACGGAUCAGCGAUAAGCAGAGCAAUAACCAAACUGUUACUGAGCUUGCUGAUGUUAAACUAAACACAUAG